UCCUAGAAACACCUAACUUAAUGGAAUGGAUUAAACAAAGGUAAAAAAAUGUUUUAACAGCCAUGUAAAUGAAUUAAAAGAAACAGGCAUAUUUAAAAAAAUUGAAAUGGAUGGUGAAAAUAGUACUGCUGAACCAAGUGCUCCAGAGGCAACAGUAAAACCUGCACAGCAGCCUGAUAAACCUGUAAUACCUGAAGAAUCAACACCACAAACGUCGUCUUUAAAACUGAAAACCAAAUGUGAAAGUGAAAGCCAUGAUAGUAAAAUUGUCAUUGGUGGCCAGUAUUACUGUCAGCGCAGUGAUAGUACUGAGCACAUCGCAGAAGUUAUUCAAAAACGGGUAAACCCACUGAGAGGGGAUUUGCAUGAGUACUAUGUUCAUUAUCGUGGCUAUAAUAGGAGGUUGGAUGAGUGGGUUGAAGCGGGACGUUUUGACCUCACAAAGGUAGUGCAGGAGAACAAUGCUACAGUGGUUAAGCCCGGAGAUCCAAAUGAAAAUGCUGACAAUCGUAUGACCCGGAAUCAGAAGCGAAAGCAUGAUGAAAUCAACCAUGUGCAAAAGUCAUAUGCUGAAAUGGAUCCCACAACUGCUGCAUUAGAGAAAGAGCAUGAAGCUAUUACAAAAAUCAAGUACAUUGACCGGAUUCAACUGGGGAAAUAUGAGAUUGAUGCUUGGUACUUUUCACCUUACCCAGAUGAAUAUGGGAAACAGCCAAAGUUAAACGUGUGUGAAUACUGUUUCAAGUAUAUGAGGUUCGAAUCCACAUACAGAAAGCAUUUGUCAGAUUGUACAUGGAGACAACCGCCUGGGAGGGAGAUUUACAGAAAAAGCACGAUAUCUGUGUAUGAAAUAGAUGGGAAAGACCAUAAAAUUUACUGCCAAAACCUGUGCCUGCUUGCAAAGUUGUUUCUAGAUCAUAAAACAUUAUAUUUUGAUGUUGAACCCUUUCUGUUUUACGUGAUGACAGAAGUGGAUAGAAAUGGUGCUCACACAGUUGGAUACUUUUCAAAGGAGAAGGAAUCACCAGAUGGCAACAACCUGGCUUGUAUUUUAAUCCUGCCACCAUUUCAGAGAAAAGGAUAUGGUAAAUUUCUUAUCGCUUUUAGCUACGAGCUGUCAAAAGUUGAAGGGCAAAUUGGAUCACCAGAAAAACCUCUUUCUGACCUCGGAAAACUCAGCUACAGAAGCUACUGGACAUGGGUGCUGCUUGAAAUUUUAAGAGACUUCAGGGGCACUUUGUCUAUAAAGGAUUUAAGUGAAAUGACAAGCAUUACACAAGCAGAUAUUAUUUCUUCUCUCCAGUCUCUUAACAUGGUCAAGUAUUGGAAAGGGCAGCAUGUCAUUUGUGUAACCCAGAAACACAUAGAAGAACAUCUCAGAUCACAGUAUUUUAAACGACCUCGUUUACCAGUGGACAGUGCUUUUCUAAAAUGGUCACCCCCUAAAAAGAAGCCACCACCCCCAAAAAAUGUGUUGCACCAUAAAAAGUCGAACCAAUGAUAUAUAUAAAUGGGGAAGUAUCGCAUGUGUUUGCAAUUUCAAUUUGCCAUAACAAUCAGUGUGCUGUGUUGUUAAAUACACAUUUUGCUAAACUAUGAAGCAAAAGCUAUAGUUAUAUCCUGAAUAACGAUAGUUAUAUCAAUCUGUAUAAUUUUGUGAAGUUAUUAAUUUUUUUUCUUCACAGUUUCAGUGUAGCAUACAAACUCCCCGUUUAGACAUAUGCGGCAUGCACAUUGUGUUCCUGUUGUAUGAUUAUUGAUUAGUCAUUGUAAUUAAUCACACUGCCUUUUGUUGUAG